UAGUAGCUAAAUUAUUGUUUCUUGUCAAAACAGGGGUUGACAUUAGAAGAGUUAAGAGCUAAAUACAGCCAGUACAAACAGUAGAUGUUUGUGAGCUUUCUUAACUCAGCAUUAAACAAUCAACGGGUGCUGCUUGGCUAACCAGCUAACGUUAACCAGCUAACGUUAACUCUGAGUUUGAAGCCUUUUCGCUAACAGUCUUUUGUUCAGUAUUGCUAAAUGCAGUAUAAUGUUAAGUGUCAUUAUAGUUCUAGAUAGUUAUUGUAGGGGGGGCGGUUGAUCGAAAACAUAGAAGCUAAAGCAGAGAAUUACUAAUAACUUGGUUUGGUGUGAACAUUGACAUAUGCAUUAUGAAACUGUGCCCCCUCAAAAAGAAAUGACUGCAUGAUGCCCCUGGUCAGGAUUACAGUUUAAUUACAGAGAGCGAAGAGCUGGCGCUUCAGCAAGUCCCUCUGGAGGCUCUUCAAAACACUGUUACCAUGGACACAAACUUGACCGGGAGAGGACUGAGGAGUGUGUUUGUCUGUAGGCUACACUGUGUGCGAGCCGUGCGUGAUUGACUGCCAGCAAUCUGAUCCAGUGAAAGACAUUGACAACCAAUAGGAAGCGGAGUGCGGCUUGUUUCCAUGGGAGGCCCCGGGAGGCGAUGCCAAGCCGCUAGAAAGCAACACAGAGAGCUGGGAGAAGCGCAGGCAGCAGCCGGGACUGUGGAGAUCCUGCAGCCGCUCUGUGGCACUCUACACGCGGAUGAAAGCGGCGCGAGGUCGCUUGGACGGGAGACUGUGGAGUCUUUGCAGAUCGCUCGUCAAUUAAAGCCACAACGGAACAGAAUGGAUGGAUUUCACGACCAGCAAGUGCCUUACUGUAAUUCCAAAAAGACGCAAGAAAAGACAACAAGCUGCGAGAGGCCAGCAAAUAACAGAAAGAGAAAAUUCAUUAAGUCCGACCUGGCUCUGGACACUGAAGAGCUCUUCCAGGACCUCAGUCAGCUACAGGAGACUUGGCUGGCAGAAGCUCAAGUUCCCGACAAUGACGAGCAGUUUGUUCCAGACUUCCAGACUGAAAACUUGGCUUUCCACGGACUGCAGCUGAAGAUCAAGAGGGAGCUGCACAGCCCGUGUUCAGAGCUGAGCUCCAACUGUAGUCAAGAACGGCCCUUCAAACUCCAGUAUGGAGAGAAGUGCCCGUAUAACGUCAGUGCCUAUGAGCAGAAGCAGCCUGCAGGAAUGAAGCCCUCCAGCCCAGUGACGCCCCCUUGUAGCACCCCCGUGUCCCCCCUCCAUCAUGCCUCACCCACAGCGGCCCCAACACCCAAGCCAGACAGGACCUACACCCACAUACCGUCCUCACAGCCUCUCCCUGAUAACGCCUACUCUAUGGACCACAGAUUUCGACGUCAGCUCUCAGAGCCGUGCCACUCGUUCCCCUCCCCGCCGACGAUAACUCGGGACGGACGACCCAUCUACCACAGGCAGAUGUCAGAGCCCAGCAUCCCCUUCCCUCCUCAAGGCUUCAAGCAGGAGUACCCCGACCCCUUGUUUGAACACCCGGCCAUGAUGGGUGCGCCGCUACCCCACACAUACCCCGCCACCAUGAUGAUCAAGCAGGAGCCGCGGGACUUCACCUAUGACUCAGCUGAAGUGCCUAGCUGCCAUUCUGUCUACUUACGGCAAGACGGCUAUCUGACUCACACUAACAGGACUGAAGGUUGUAUGUUCGACAAAGUGGCGAGGCAUUUCUACGAUGAUACCUGCGUUGUGCCUGAAAAGGUUGAAGGUGACAUCAAGCAGGAGUCAGGCCUCUACCGUGAGGGCCCGUCGUACCAGCGCAGAGGCUCGCUGCAGCUCUGGCAGUUCUUGGUGGCUCUGCUGGACGACCCGUCCAACUCCCACUUCAUCGCCUGGACAGGCCGCGGCAUGGAGUUCAAACUCAUUGAGCCAGAGGAGGUGGCACGUCGAUGGGGGAUACAGAAGAAUCGACCGGCGAUGAAUUACGACAAGCUCAGCCGAUCGUUGCGCUACUACUACGAGAAGGGAAUCAUGCAAAAGGUGGCCGGCGAGAGAUACGUCUACAAGUUCGUGUGCGACCCCGAGGCCUUGUUCUCCAUGGCGUUCCCCGACAAUCAGCGGCCGGUGCUGAAGACGGAUAUAGAGCGGCAGAUCAACGAGGAGGACACGGUGCCGCUGUCGCACUUCGAUGAAAACAUGGCUUACGUACAGGAGGGGCCCUACUGCCAGCCGCACCCCUACAGCGAGGGCUACGUUUAUUAACGUCAGCCCCACAACCACACACACACACACACACACUCUCUCUCUCUCACACACACACACACAUACACACACACACACCUCUACUCUGCCCAGACCCUCCUCCCCCGCCUGUUCCGUACACCUGAAACUGUCAUGUCCUCUAAUUCACAGUCGCUCCGGGAAUAAGACUGAACACACACAUGCAGCGGAGCUUCCCCUCUCUCUCUCUCUCUCUCUCUCUCUCUCUCGCUCACAUAAACACACGAACAUCCUCCUUUUUUUGCUCUCGUCUCUCUGACGUCCAAGCCGCACAGCAGGAUGGAGAGUGCACUUUAUGGACAGGAACGGCGCGGUGUUAACCUGCCAGGGGCUAGCUAUGUGGUUGGCUUUUUACCGUUGUUUAUGUUUGUACAUUAAUGUGGGAUUUAUUCUGUUUGUUUGUUUGUUUGUUUUUUUUAAAUCCUUAUGAUUUUGAGCAUGCGGCACCCUGGUGAGACAGGACAAGGACAUAUUCCAAGACUUUUGAUUUCCUGCAAACGUUCACAGGAAGAAAAACAAAAAAAAACAAAAAACGGUCUCGUCUUCACACGUGCAGCAAACGGAAGGAUGAUCAGUUCUGUCCUUUUUUUUAGUUUCUCAAACAGCCAUCAUGUACUUUCAUGCUCAUUUACUGGCAACGUAUUGUAACGAUACUUUUAUGGUGAAGUGACAUGAUUAUAGACUUGAAAAAGUAAUGUGAUAAUAAAAAAAAGAGACAUUUAGCUGCCAUCAGUGAGAACUGCCUCACCGCCAGAUUGAAAACAGCAUCUCUGUCUGUCAGUAAUCUCUGCCCCUCAUCCACUCAAACUGUAGAUCUCAUCAAGUAGGUGUUUUUUUUUUUUCUGCUGUAACAACAUUAACUCCUCGGGAUCAUUCUCUCAACGGCUGAAAACUCUGCGGGGCGGUAAAGAUGAGACUUUUGGCACACGAGGAUGCACUCAAAUCGUACUGAACUGUGUGCGGAUGAAAAUACUUUUUUUCUGCAUCACAUGUGAACGGCCUGUGUCGAGGAUAAUCAAUAAAGCUUACUGGGCCGCUGUAAAAUAAGUCAUUCACUGAAUAUACUGUAAAGAGCGGUUUCCUUUGUAUUUUGAAAUACUGUACAUCAAAGCAGCGGUGGUUCAUUUCUCAUUACGGUGUUCAGUUUUUUUUCAAUGAAUAACAGGUGAAAGUGUAUGUACAGUUAAAUCAGCAAUCAAUCAACACAUUCAGGAUAUGAUUUGCAUCCCCCAAAUAACAUAGAGAAAGUGAUUUAAUUGACUAUAAAAAGACAAAAAAAAAUUAAAUAUAAAAUCAAAUA